AUGUUACUGAAGUUAUUAAUUAUUUGUCUUGUAGGUGUAAUCUCAACAUGUGAAAAGAUUAGAUAUGACAAUUUUUCAUUAUUCAAAAUUCAUCCACAAAAUGAAAAAGAUUUAAAAUUUCUUAAUGAAUUACCAAAAAAUGGAGAAGAUUUUCAUAUUUGGAAAUUACCAUCAACAGUCGGUGACUAUGCGAGUGUGGUUUCCUCGCCAGAGAAGAAAGCUUCAUUUGAACAUUCACUAAGAAAAAGAAGCAUUAACUAUGAAAUCAUGAUGGAAAAUAUUCAGCAAGCUUUUGAUGACCAAAUUAUGAGUAGAAAGAGACGUGACACAAGAAAACAGUUAUUUUGGACAAGCUAUCAAACAUUGGAUGACAUAUAUGAAUGGUUCCAUUAUCUGGCUGAACAGCAUAGUGAUAUAGUUACCAUUAUUCAGGCAGGACAAUCCUUCGAAGGUCGAAAUAUAACUGGAGUAAAAAUUUCUCGACAAUCUGGAAAUCGAGCUAUUUUCAUCGAAGGCGGUCAAGUCGGAGCAGAUUGGCUCUCCCCAACUAUUGCUACAUAUAUAGUAGAUCAACUAGUGCGUGGAGCUGAACUUGAGAUAUUAGAGGCUACAGAAGAAUUUGAGUGGCAUAUUUUUCCUAUUGUAAAUCCUGAUGGACAUGAGUAUACAAAUAAUGCCGACAGACUUUGGCUUAAAAAUCGUAGACCAACCAUGGGAGGUUCGAUCGGUGUCGACAUUACAAAAAAUUGGAAUUCUCAUUGGGGAGUAAGAGGUGUCAGCUUUGCGCCAGCAGACACUAACUAUGCAGGACUGGGACCAUUUUCAGAAGUAGAGACAAGAGCUAUAUCAAAUUACAUAGAUUCAAUAGGUGCUAAACUCGCCGGCUUGUUGUCUUUUAGAGGUUUUGGACAAAGGCUUGUACUGCCGUUUGCCCAUACUACUUCUCACAUGUACAAUUAUAAUGAAACAAUCAUCGUUGGAAGACGUGCAAUGGGGUCAUUAGCAGUCCGCUACAAUACACAAUAUCUCGUCGGAAAUUCGAUGGAAGUACAUGAUGGCGCUACUGGUACUAUAGCUGACUGGGUUAAGCAUCGUUUUAAUCCACCUCUUGUAGCUACUUACCAACUCAGAGACACUGGUAGUUUUGGAUACACCUUGCCAGUAGUCCAAGUUCAACCAUCUUGUGAAGAAACCUUCGAUUCGGUUAUGGCCCUUAUCAGGGAAUCAAAGCAUGUUGGUGUCUUAUGAGCUAAGUAAAAUGAAUGAAAAGUGAUUUUUA